AUGAGGAUCGUAAUCGUUUUAUUGGCAGUUUUGGUCGCUGUAUCUGCACAGUUCGUGGGCGGUGGAGGCUACGCUGGAGGAUUCGCAUACGGUGGUGGUUUUGGGUAUGGAGGUCGUUACGGACGCUUCGGGCCAGGAUAUGGUCGCAAGCCGAUUAUUAAAGUGGUGAACGUUAUUGUUCCUCCACGACAUGGUGGCUACAUUGGCCAUGGGGGAUACGGAGGCGGGAUUGGACCUGGAUUUGGCGGUGGAUACGGUGGUGGAUAUUCUAGUGGUUAUUCAAGUGGAUAUAGCUCAUAUUCUAGUGGCUACAGCAGUGGUUACAGUGGUGCACAUUUUCGGUGA